UUUGUAGUUUCUGUCAGUACAGAUUCAGAUGCAUGUGGAAGAGAAGCUCGGUAAAACGUAUUGCAACAAUACGUAAUUUCUUUUCUACGUGAUCAAGAAUAUGGCAGCUAAAAUGCAACACUUCGAUCCACCAAGCUCGGCGAGUUCUGAAAGCGACGAUACUGAAGUGUGUUUGGACGACAAGGAAAUUUUAUUUGCUGACGAGCUGUGCGAGGAUGCUGAGCGUUGCAGACGUUCUGACAUUGGGACACCUACUCCACAAUCUCCAAGGCCACCUUCCACGGGUUCUCAGAGAUCACCAAGAUCAAGGAGGCAGCGUACUACUAGUCUAUCUCAAUCUAGCAAAAAAACUUCUGCAGAGUCUAUCCUUAGAAGUAAAACAAGAACAAUAUACACAGCUGGUAGACCACCAUGGUACAAUUCAGCUGGGCAGCAAGUAGAACCUUUUGUAAUUGGUAUUUGUGGGGGCAGUGCGUCUGGAAAAACCACAGUUGCAACAAAAAUUAUAGAAUCUCUAGAUGUACCUUGGGUAACACUUCUUAGCAUGGAUUCAUUUUACAAAGUUUUAAAUGAAAAACAACACGACAUGGCUGCGCGGAACGAGUACAAUUUCGAUCAUCCCGACGCGUUCGAUUUUGAGUUACUUAAAACAACGCUACAGCGUUUAAAGGAAGGUAGAAUGGUGGAAGUUCCUAUCUAUAAUUUUGUAACACAUCGCAGAGAAAGUAGAACUAAAACAAUGUAUGGUGCCAAUGUAAUUAUAUUUGAGGGAAUAUUGACGUUCUACAAUGUCGACGUUUUGAAGAUGUGCGACAUGAAGGUGUUUGUUGAUACUGAUGCUGAUGUGAGGCUUGCUCGAAGAUUGCGUAGAGAUAUAUCGCAAAGAGGGAGGGACUUGGAGGGUGUGCUAAAGCAAUAUAGCACUAUGGUACAGCCCGCUUUUUAUUAUUAUAUAGCUCCAUUCAUGGUUCACGCGGAUAUUAUCGUACCUCGUGGCGGAGAUAACGAAGUCGCGAUAGAACUCAUUGUACAGCACGUACAUACUCAGCUUCAACUGAGGGGUUUCAAACUCAGAGAAAAAUUAGCUCAUUCUUAUAUUGGUCAGCCAUUGCCAUCUUCUCUCUACCUGCUUCCAGAUACACCACAGAUAAAGGGUCUCCACACAUUUAUAAGAAACAAAGAAACAUACAGAGAUGAAUUUAUAUUUUAUUCCAAACGUCUAAUACGUUUGGUUAUUGAAUACGCGUUGUCUCUUCUACCCUUCGAGGAUGUAAGAGUAGAAACACCACAAGGAGUAUUAUAUCACGGAAAACGCGCAGCUACGGAUAAAAUAUGCGGUGUUUCCAUUUUGCGUGCCGGUGAAACUAUGGAACAAGCUGUUAGGGACGUAUGCAAAGAUAUUAGAAUAGGAAAGAUACUUAUACAAACCAACCAACAGACUGGAGAACCAGAGCUUUAUUACCUUCGAUUACCAAAAGAUAUUAAAGACUACAAAGUAAUAUUAAUGGAUGCAACAGUAGCAACGGGUGCAGCAGCCAUUAUGGCUAUCAGAGUUUUAUUGGAUCAUGAUGUUGCUGAGGAGAACGUGUUACUCGUAUCUCUACUUAUGGCAGAAUCAGGAGUACAUUCGAUAGCUUACGCAUUUCCACGCGUAAAAAUCGUGACGUCCGCCUUAGAUCCUGUGAUAAAUGAGAAGUUUUACGUAUUGCCUGGUAUCGGUAACUUUGGCGACCGAUACUUUGGAACCGAGCCAUCAACCAUAGAAGAUUAAUACAACUUAAGAUCUCAUACUUCAAUUUUCGAAGCUAUUUAAUCUGUUAUAAUGGAAAUGCAGUAAUCUCAUAUACCUUUAAUAAAAUUUGUGUUACGCUGGGGAA